AGUCUUCUUCCUACAUUCUAAUGUGAGAUAUAUUUUACAGGUUGCAUCUAACUGUACGUCACUGGCUGUACACAGUGAAUACCUCCUUCUGACAACCCUGACUCACACCUGUCGCUGUAUCAGUAGGCACACAAAGGUUCAAGUUCUGCCUACGCUGUCGGACGGAAAGGCUCACCCGUUUGAUGAGAGUGUACGCCGGGUGGAGAGAGGGUCUAGAAUCGUUUGUGUAGUUCAGAAUGAAACCAAGCUAGUCUUACAGAUGCCUCGUGGUAACCUAGAGACAAUCCACCCCCGGGCACUCGUGUUGUCCGCAGUCAGGAAAUACCUGGACAGUCUGGAGUUUGGUAAAGCUUUCGUGUGUAUGAGGAAGCAUCGACUCAACCUGAACCUUAUAUAUGAUCACUGUCCUCAAAGUUUCCUUGACAAUGUUCAAAAGUUUGUCCAGCAAGUCGCACUUGUCGAUCACAUCAACCUCUUCCUCACAGAUCUCAGGGAGGAAGAUUGUACGGUGACUAUGUAUACUGCGGCCUACAACCGGUCAGCUUCUGUCGGAGACGAGGGCACUGACCAACCCAGUAAAGUGGACAAAGUUUGUGAUGUAGUCCGAGAAGCACUUAUCAGUUUGGACGAAAAGAAGUACUUACUUUCCAUACUGACAUCUUAUGUACGGAAGAGUACACCAGAGCUAGAGGCUGCCCUGUUAAUGGUGAAGACACUCCGAGCCAAGCCAAGUGACCAGCAGACCAUGUCAGCAGAGGAAGUAUUAAAAUACCUGGUCUUCCUCGUGGACGUCAAUGAGAUGUUUGAUGUUGCCCUGGGAACAUACGACUUUGACCUGGUUCUGAUGGUUGCUGAGAAGUCACAGAAGGAUCCAAAGGAAUAUAUUCCCUUCCUGAACCAGCUUCGUAAGCUUAGCGGUCACUUCCAACUCUACACGAUAGACGAACACCUGAAGCGGUACAGCAAGGCCUUGGUACACAUCAGUAAAUGUGGACCGGAGCACUUUGAGACUUGUAAGACAUCGAUACAGAAACACAAGCUUUAUACUGAGGCCCUACAACUGUUCCCAGUGUCUUCUGAUGAAUACAAGAGUAUUGCGAAAAUAUAUGGUGAUUAUUUAUCUGACAAACGUCGCCAUCUAGAUGCAGGAAUAAUGUAUAUUAAGGCGGAAGAAUGGGAAAUGGCCCUGCAGGACUUUCAGACAUGUCUACAGUGGCGUCAAGUCUUUUGUAUGACCGCUAGACUCAAGUACAGUUCAGAUACAGAGGCUGAAAUUGCUCGCAAACUCGCAGAACAAUUGAAGAUGAAGAAACUGCAUCUGGAUGCUGCCCAUGUCUUAGAACAAUACGCAAAGGUAAAGACAGU